AUGAACUAUACAAUCUGUACCAGAGAGAAGCUAACAGGGAAAGUAACACAAGUUUUGCUUGGAGCCUGUGGUCAGCUAGUGAGGCUUUUGGUGGUUGUUUUCUUUCUUUCUUUUUCCUUUUUCCACAGUAUGGGAGCGACCCCUGGGGAAAGUUUCCUGAUGCAUUUAGAACAGUGGCCGCAAAGUUGAGAGAUGGUGUAUGCUCAGACACAAAGGAUUGGCUAAACUUGACAUUGAAGGUUACCCCUCCUGCUGCUAUAUAUUCUGAGGAGCACAGGCUUUUUGAGCUUAGAGACACCUGCUCUUCAAAAAGAACAGAGCCUCAGAGAAGCCAACCAGAAACCCUCUACAGAAGAGUAAGUUACUCCCAUGUUUGCUAAGGGUGCCUUCAGCUUGUCACUGCUUCGUGGGAGGGAUUCAAGAGCAUACUGUAAAUUUAGGUUUGUGCCGUUAAGGUGAGUUCAAGUGCUCUGUUCCCCUAGCACAACAAAUCCACUUUUAAAAACAAGGGUUGGACUUUUUGCAGUUUGGAACUGGCAGGGAAAGGGUGGGAUAAAUGAAUGAUUAACGGGAAGCAAAUCAGGAUGGAUGCAGGAUGCAUGCUCAUUUGUCAUAUGCCCUCCCUGCAAAUAAAUCAGGAUGAAUGCUUAAUAAAACUGUAUAAUUUAACCUCUGCAUAAGCUUUGUGCAAGUGAAUCAGGGCAAAUGCUCAACUUGUCUGGAGGAACCCUGAAUCUUUGCACUGCUUAGAAGUAAUUCUUUUGUAUUGCAGUUCAGGGUCAUGCCAGUCCAUUUUUAUUUACUUUUCAUAUGUUUAGAUUCAGGAUGCCAGACGCAAAGUCAGCUAAAGAUCUCAUAGGAUCCUAAUGAGCAAUGGAGGCAAACGGAAUAGCCUUGGCUUCUGCUUGUGGGAGCCGCAUUUCAUUUGAUAAUGGAACAUAUAAGCCACCUGUUAAGUUUCACCUAUGAGGUCUUGGCUAUAACACUGGGAAAGUUUUUAAAUGGUUGCAAGUGCACAUUAAAAAAAGAAAAAGAUCCUUAAUAAAAGGCAAAAGAUUUAUACGAUCUGAAGAGAAACGAGAGACAAGACUCUUUACAAUACAUAUCCUGAAAAUAUUAUUUUUUUCAAUUUAAAACUGUUUUUAUUCAAUUGAGUAGUUUCAGAUUACUUUAUUGGUUUAUAGUCCUGUUUAGACUACUCCAAAACAAAGUUUAGCAAUGUUAAAGUAAGACAAGGUAGCAGAAAUAGAAACUAACUUAGACAAAGAUAAACUACAAGUGAACAAAUGUAGAAUGCUGAAAUUCCUAUGUUUAGACAUUAAAGGUGGAACAGUUCUUACCCUUAACAAAUAUUGUGAUGAUUAAAUUGAUGAUUAAAUGCAGAUCUGAAUAAAAAUAUGUAAAACCACAGUGAACUUAAAAUUCUGAAUCUCUGUCCCAGUUUUGACUAAUAAUUCCAGCUGCAGUGAGAAGAUAUGAUUUUGUCUAUUGCUUGCUAAAUUUAAUGCUUGCUAAAUUUAGUGAUUUAACAUGCCAAAAUAACAUGGCUAAUGGAUCUAAUGGUAAUAUAAAGUGCUUUUUCUGGGGGUACCUAAUGGGUAUGCAGUAGCAGUACCUCCCCACCCACCCCACCCCAGUGUUAAAAGUGUGGCACUUACUGUGACAACUUUAUGGUGGGUCCUAGCACCCUUUUUUUCUUUUUUUUAAAAAAAAAGGAAAGGAAAAAGCACUGGUAGUCUAUCCAGUCAUACCUUGUAGGUUGAUCAACAGUCAUUCCAGGGCUUCAUACAUAAUGGGUAGGCAUUUCCAGUAAUGUGAGCUAUAUCAUUCAAGCAGAAUUACACCAGUAAUUGUCAUUAAACCCCUACAUAAAUCCGAUUUCAUCUCAGUGCAGAAUAUUCUAAACAUUUAUUGCAUAGGGGGUACAAGCAGAAGGUUACUAUGGAGUCCAAGUGAUUUUGGAAAACAAGGCAUGAUCUUGAUCUUAACAAACCAAUUCGAACUGUACUAUGAGAAUAAACUGAGCUACCAAAAUGCUGGCUGACAAAAUUCCUUUUGCUUGGAUUUAUACAACAUCUGCCCCCAUGGAAGGAUGAGUCACAAUAAAUUUGGACAGUCUCCUUAGAUUAAUCCUAAUCUUACGAAAAUAAGGCUUGCUUAACUUUAUUAUUUUACUGCCAAUUGUAUGCUUAGGUACCAGUGUGGAAGACUUCCUUCUUUAAGUCUUCAAGAAACACAUUUCUGAUGCAUUUACACUGAAGUGUCGCCAUAUUGCACAAAGUGUUCUAUAUUUUCAUCCCAACCUUCCUUCAAGGAGGUCAGGGUGGGGUAUCUGUUUCACCCCAAACACUCACACACAUUUUUAUCUCCACAAGAACCCCGUGAGGUAAGUUUUACUGAGAGAUGGUGAUUGGCCAAGACCACCGUAUAAGUGUUUAUUUGGACAUGAAUUUCCACAGUCCCGGUCCAAUAUUCUAAAUGCUAGACUACAAACUGUCUAAAUCAAAUUUAAAAUAUUUCCUGUUGCAUUCUCACCUACUACCUAUUAUUUCCCACACCCCACACCCCAUUACAGCAUUAUUCCUUUCGGGAACACAGCAAUUAACCAGUUCAUCACCAUCAGUUUCUUAGGAUCAACAGUCCAGAAUAACCCGAAACAGAAUUCAAAAAAAGUGUAACCACAGCUCACCUAUAUAGAAAAUAGCCAAUAACCUCAGGCAAAGAUGGUGGAGAAAUUUGAUUCAGUUUGGAUUUAAAGGUGAACCUUCCUAAUUUCCACUUUUUGAAACAAUACGCAAAGCCAAACACAGCCAUCCUUUGAAAUUUGAAUCCUCCGAAUUUUGCAAUGCUGUUCUCCGGUCAAGUAACACGUACAAAAAUAAAUAGUGAAAAUAACAUUAAAGUGCAUUAUAUUAGAGAAAACUGCUUUGCCAGAAGGGAUACGUUAUGCAGAAUUGCAUAGAUAAAGGUGUAUAUUAGAAUAAAUAUUCACUAAAAUUGCACUGGCAAGAGCCCCCCGUCAUCAUUGCAACCUGCCUUUUCAUCUGCCUCUUGAGUAAGAAGAAGGAGCAAUGAAUGCCAUUGUCUGCUUGCUCAAUGAGUCUCUACCUAGCAAGCAAACUGGGUGGUAGCCAUGAGGAGAAAGAAAAGCAGCUGCGGCAGGGAGGGAUUUGCAUUUGAAAGAGAAACUACCUAAUUUGCACUUCUCAAGUGAAGUGGGGGAGCAUCUGCUUUGCAUGCAAAAGGUCCCAGGUUCAAUCCUCAACAGUUCCAGGUAGCACUGGGAAAGAACUCUGCCUGAAACCCACAGAACCACUGCCAGUCAGUGCAGACAGCAUUUAUUUUUAAUUUCUUUAUUUUUAGUGGUGGAGAAAUAGGAACAACAAUACAUACGUGGUGGAGGUGUGAGGAGAUUAAGAAAUUUUGGAUAGUAGUACAUGAAGAACUAAAGAAGAUGUUGAAAAUAUAAAUAACAAAGAAACCGGAGACAUAUCUCCUUGGAUUGAUAGAUGAAGAGAUACCACAGAGGGGGGAUGAAUUUUUCUAUAUGCAAGUACAGUUGCUAGAAUAGUGAUUGCUGCUAGGUGGAAGUCACAAACUAUACCCACAAAGGAGGAAUGGAUUUGUAAACUAAAUGAAUAUUUAAUUUUGGCAAAAUUAACUGCUAUAAUAAGAAAUCAGUCGAAUCAAAAAUGAAAAAAAGAGUGGAAAUGCUUUGAUGAAUAUAUGGCAAAAUAUUGUGCAAAAAAAGAUAUGCUAAUAUGCCUAGAUUAAAAUGUGAAGUACUGGAUGGAAGAAAAAAUAGUAAGGAAAGAUAAUAAGAAUAUAUAAAUGAUUUGAGAAGAUUGUGGAAUCCAAAGAUUACUGUAAAUUGUAUAAUGUGGAGGAAAUUGAGUGGGGGUGGAAGGAAGUGGGAGGAAGGAGAAAAGAAUAAUAUGAUGAACUGAGGAAAUAUAAAUGUAAAUGUAUGGGGGGAUGGGGAAGAAAUGGUGUUGGCUUUGGUACAUCUGUAUUGUAAUGUAAUAUGUCAGUGCAGACAGUAUUGAGCUAGAUGUUCAUACCCGGAGAACAUAUUGCCCAACACUCUGCAAAAUCUAGAGCUGGCAGCUGCGCAUUCACUCUGCUGCCUAGUUCAGCCGUGGCUGCUGCUUCCUAUUUGUUGAUCUGACGCUAAUGGAGCAAACCUCUUUUCUCCUUUCCAAGACUUUACGAUGCAGAGAAAACUGGCGGCAGCCGUCCUCUUUGCAGCCCUGUGCAUUUGUCUCAGCCGGAAAGUGGGCGUUUCCCCAUCUAAGCGGAACAAGAAGCCAUACACCAAGCGGCCCAGCAGGACCACCUCGCCGGUCCAGAAAUACCUGUGCCACGGGGGUCAAAUGAUUGACGGUGUGGAACUGCAGCCGAACGACACCGCCUAUUACAGGGAUAAUUGGAAGGAUUUUCCAGACGGACUCUUUUACCCCAACUGCUCCUUGUAUCGAGAGCCUAACGUAAGCAAAGAAGCCCUGGUUGGCGAGUGUGUCAGUUUUGUAACGCCUUCAACCAAGUUGAACCUGUCUCUAGGAAAGGAUGCAAAUGACCCCAAGCAGAGAGUGAUGUGGUUCGUGAUUAACCACUUGUGUGCCAACGAAACAUGCAGUCAGCCGUGUCCGCAGCGCUCUAACGCUGGAGCCCUCCAUUUUUCCAGUCAAGCCCUGAUUAUUGGCCUGCUUGGUCGCUCUGUUCUUUCCACAAAAUAA